AAAUAUGUGGUCAUGUAUAUAAAAAUAUCACAACUCGUAAAGAUUGUGGCUUCAGAGCCUCUAUCGUCGUCGAUUUCAUACCGAAACAAGAGGACAACUCUCUGUUGUUGAUAAAAGAACGAAGCUUUAAGAUCUAUUUUGAUCGACUUUUCAUCUACCUCGCGGUGAUUUAAAGAUUUUAAAAGAUUUUAGAGUUUUUUUCUCGUCGGCAUUGAAAUCGAGGGUUUGAGAAUUGAGAUCCGAAGAAGAACAUCUGAAAUUCGUAUCAUUUCUUUGACUUUCCCUUCGAAAUUCAGAGAAGAUGGAUGGUGAGUCAGAGAUCAAGGAACAUUUACAACCCAAAUCUCCAUCUGAAACAAUGGAGAAGAAGCAAAAUCCGAAAGGGAAGAGAUUAUGGCGGAAAGUGAAGUAUCAACUGGUGGAAUAUCACUCAUUGCCUGAUUAUUUGAGAGACAAUGAAUACAUCAUCGGUCAUUACCGAUCCGAAUGGCCAAUCAAACAGAUCCUUCUCAGCACUUUUACAAUCCACAACGAGACCUUGAAUGUUUGGACGCACUUGAUUGGGUUUUUCCUGUUUCUAGCACUCACCAUAUACACAGCCACAAAAGUACCAAGCGUCGUGGAUCUUCACUCUCUUCAACACCGUUUACCCGAUGUGUUGAGGAAAACAGAUCUUCACAAACUUCACUCAGAGCUCAUGUCUCGCCUUCCUUCUAGUCCAUCUAGUUGGCAUGUAAUGGAGCUUCUUUAUAACUGUUUGCCUGAACGAUUCUCUCAUGGCAACUACACCGACAUGUGUGUUCUGCAUUCAGUGAAGGAAGAUCUUGCAAACAUGAUAGCUCCUCUAAUCUUCAGGCCAAUCACUCGAUGGCCGUUUUAUGCAUUUCUAGGCGGCGCGAUGUUCUGUCUAUUAGCAAGCAGCACGUGCCACCUCCUCUCAUGUCACUCAGAGAGAGUCUCCUACAUAAUGCUUAGGCUUGAUUACGCCGGAAUCGCAGCUCUGAUCGCUACUUCCUUCUACCCUCCGGUGUAUUACUCCUUCAUGUGUGAUCCUUUCUUCUGCAACCUCUACUUAGGAUUCAUAACGAUCCUAGGAAUCGCCACUGUUCUUGUCUCGCUCCUCCCCGUUUUCCAAAGCCCGGAGUUUCGGGUCGUGAGGGCCUCUCUGUUUUUCGGGAUGGGAUUCUCUGGCGCGGCUCCGAUUCUGCAUAAGCUGAUCAUCUUUUGGGAUCAGCCAGAAGCGCUUCACACGACAGGUUACGAGAUUUUGAUGGGUUUGCUUUACGGGUUAGGAGCUUUGAUUUAUGCGACUAGGAUUCCAGAGAGAUGGAUGCCUGGGAAAUUCGAUAUAGCUGGACAUAGCCAUCAGUUGUUUCAUGUCCUGGUGGUUGCUGGUGCGUUUACACAUUAUAGAGCCGGGCUUGUGUAUCUUAAGUGGAGAGAUAUUGAAGGAUGCUCAUGAAGAUAAAGGAUUAGGUUUGAAUCUUUGAUGUUUCUGAAUCUUUGUUUGUAGCUUCGUAAAAAGAAUUUGGACUGUGUAAAGUCUAUGUGUAAGCAAAUAUUUCUUGUUAAUUCGGAAUUAAUAUUGGGUCAAAUAAGAGAAUCUUACAAAUCAA